AUGUUUGGAAAUUCCAACAAGAACCCCGCCAAUUCAGGCGGUAUGUUUGGAAACGCCUCAGGUAGCAAUGUUGGGGCUUUUGGAGGUAGCUCCUCUGGUAACACUGGAGGCUUGUUUGGAGCAAAGCCUGCUACGAAUACGAAUAACACAGGAGGUUUGUUUGGAAAUAAUGCUAGUACAAAUUCUGGAGGCAAUAGCGGAGGAUUGUUUGGCAGUACGAACGCUUCAGGUAGUACCAAUACAGGCGGUAUGUUUGGAAACAAUUCUGGUAAUACCAACACGAAUCAGUCAGGUAGCUUAUUUGGCGCCAACACCAACACGGGAAAUACUCAAUCGCAAGGAUUGUUUGGUGGGAAUACUGCUAGCAACAGCAAUCAAUCAGGAGGGUUGUUUGGGGGAAAUGCUAGUAAUACUCAAUCGAAAGGACUCUUUGGAGGUAACACCAACACUAACUCUAACACUCAACAGGGAGGAUUAUUUGGAGGAAAUUCUGGUAACACACAAUCAGGAGGGCUAUUUGGAACCAAUUCAAAUAACACACAAUCGGGUGGUCUUUUUGGAGGCAGCAAUACUGCAAAUAGUAAUGCCCAAACUGGAGGGGGGUUGUUUGGAAAUGCCAAUAAACCUGCACAAAGUGGUUUCUCAGGCUCAAAUAAUCCGAGUGGUAACACUGGAGGUCUUUUUGGGAGCAAUAAUACGAACGCUAAUACAACUACAGGGAGUCUAUUUGGAAACAAUACUAACAGUAAUGCUGGUGGGCUUUUCAAUUCAAGUAAUAACAAUAAUAGUUUACUGGGCAACAAUGCAGCACCCAACAACCCUAACAAUGCUUCUCAACCACAGAUAACAUCCCUUACGAGAGUCACGGAUCUACCAGAUGCCUAUCAAAAAGAAAUAGAACAACUUGAUCAGUACAUUCAGCAGCAAAUGGACAUCGCAGAGAGCUUGAAAGACGAUCAAGCAAACCACAAAGAACUAAUUGAAUCAGUUCCAAGAGACAUUAACUUCCUGGAAAACAAAUAUUCUUCUGUUAGUCAGGCCAUUCAUAAUGAUUUAAAUUUUGUAAUGUCUUUCAAGUGCAAGGUGUUAGAGUCAUUUAACGACUGGGUAGAAAAGGUCAUAAAGCUAUACUUGCAACUGACGAACCCAGUUCUGCUCAAGGAGAUCACUAAUAACGAUAAAACUCUGAACAUCAAAGAAGCUGAACCACCCAAUAGUGCUAUACUUCACACUUUUUACGUACACAAAGUCAAAGAAAUCCAACAGAAUAUUCAGAAGUAUCAUUCAGUUCUACAAGAAAUUGAGAAUGCAGUUGAUGAGCUUGAUAAAGUUAGCAGCAAUGGCAUUGACAACAGUUGGGAUCUAAUCAUUCAGACGCUUAAAGAAGAAUUUCGACUUUAUUUAGAGCUUGCUAACAACUUAGCUGACGUGCAUCACGAGAUCAAGCGGAUAUCAGUGUGA